GUUAUUCCAUACCAAAUGCUAAAGACAGAAUACAAACCCCAUGAAGCCAAGCGUCGCCUGCUGGCAAACUUUGACAUGUUUUUGUCUGAUGAGCGCGUUCGCCGCCUGCUACCCUCUCACCUGGGAAAAACCUUCUACGAGAGAAAAAAAGCUCCGCUGUCUGUGAACCUGCAGAGUAAACAUCUGGCCAGAGACAUGGAGAGAAUCAUUCAGGGCACCACCCUGACGGUUACCAACAAAGGCUGCUGCUGUAUGGCACGUGUCGCUCAUUCCGGCAUGACUGCAGACGAGGUGGCYGACAACAUCGAAGCUGCGGUCCAAACGGUGAUGGACAAACUCCAAACGCUGAGUAAAGGACCGGUACUGAAAGUGGUCCAUUUGAAGAGUGAAAAGUCUGUGGCCUUACCCAUCUACACCUCAGWCUUGAGCCACCUCAGUGCCUCAGACUCCCCCCAGGAAAAAAAAGCUGCAGACAAGAAACAAACAAAGAAGAACAAGACAGAGGACAAGAAGAAAGUGGAUAAACUGGCAGAGGGAAAGACUAAACUGAAGAAAAAGAGAAAAGAAGAYGAGGAGGAGGAGGAGAUCCCACAGCUGGUUCCUAUAGAAACACCAGCAAAAAAGCCUAAACAGGAGAAGCCAUCUAAGAAGCAGAAACUGCAGAAAGCACCUAAACCUGUUGCAGCYAAGAAAGGAGUAAAAACCCAAAACAAACCGACCAAGAAGAUCAACAAGACAGCAACUAAAGGAAAAAGAAAAGUGCUUAAAAUGAAAUGAUUUGUUGUCUAAACUCAAAAGACACUUGACACCUUUCACAGGACCAGGCUGUUUGCAAUGUCUUUGAAUUUUGUCUUUUUUCUCAGUGAACUAUAUUAUAAAAUAAUUAUAAACU